UUCCAGCGCCCCCCACCAUGCUUCUGACAUCACACAAUUCUUUGCAUGCUUGGGAGACCCACACCCUCGACUCAGAGCCCAUCCAAAUCCAGUGCCCAGCUUGACUUUGGACUUUAAUCGAAAUAAUCAGGACAGAGGCCAAGAGUGGGGUGGGUAUGGGGAUACACUACCGCAUGGGGCCCUGUGGCCCUGCAAGCCCCAACUCCUUCUUGUCGCUGUCUGGGAGCCCCUUCAAACCCAGUGAAAGGAAAGCACCUUGUGAGGGCCGUGGUUCUGUCACCAACCAUGAACGAGUCUCCCUGAAGUCUUCGGGAGCUGUGCAGCUGGACGCAUUCCCAGGGUUAGGAGACUCGGCGUUCUUGCUCUUUUCUCUCCCUGUUGCCUCAGGAGGCCUGCCCCGCCUCCUCUGCUUUGUCCCAACCCCUAUCACCCUGACCACCCCCCCAACAUUGCUCUGUACUGGCCUUGUGGUCAGAGGUCAGACUAGCUAGCAGUGCUGGAAUGCCUGCGCUGCUGGGGGCCACUCCCAGCCUGAACCUCUGGCGUCUUCAAGACUGGCCUGGAGCCAGCAGGAAGGUGAGUGGCCCUGCUCCCAAGGGAGCCACCUUUCCUCUCUGCUCUGCCCACUCUAAACUGGCUGGGUCUAUCAGAACAAGCUGUCAGUUGGCUGGCCCUGCAGGGGUGGAGUUCAGAGGGCAGGUCAGGAGCAAAGAUUACACAACAAAAACUUCCCAAAAUUAAAGUGAAAACUUACUGGGCUCUUUUGUCUAGUUUCAGUCUUCCCUUUGUUUUCUACAUACUAAACCCACAUUUUGGGUUUUCAGGCCAGUCUAAGCUUGGCUGCUGCUGGGGUGCUAAGGGGGGGAGCACAGGGGAGCCCUCCCACUCUUAACUCCACCCUUUCCUUGCUGGAGACUGGCUCCAGAUCCCUCCCACUUCGGAUUUAUAAACGCUUCAGCUCAGAGAGCAGUUCUGCACUCACCGCACGGCACCCAGCGAGCCAGAGCGCAAAGCAGUCAGAAGACCAAGAUCCAGAGAGGUCUGGCAAGUCGGCCGCGCUUGGGCCCUUGACGCCGCAGAUGGAGCUCGUCCAGGACACCUUACGCCUGCCGCUGGAGUAUGUGAAGGGGGUCCCGCUCAUCAAGUGGUUUGCAGAGGCAAUGGAGUCCCUGGAGGACUUCCAAGCCCAGCCCGAUGACCUGCUUAUCAGCACUUACCCCAAAUCUGGCACCACCUGGGUGAGCGAGAUCCUGGAUAUGAUCUACCAAGGAGGCGAUGUACAGAAGUGUCGCAGGGCCCCCAUCUUUAUGCGGGUUCCCUUCCUUGAGUUCAAGGUUCCAGGGGUCCCCACAGGAUUGGAGGCCCUGAAAGAUACACCAGCUCCACGACUCAUCAAGACACACCUGCCCUUGGCUCUGCUCCCCCAGACCUUGCUGGAUCAGAAGGUCAAGGUGGUCUAUGUGGCCCGCAAUGCAAAGGAUGUGGCUGUCUCCUUCUACCACUUCUACCGCAUGGCCAAGGUGCACCCUGACCCUGAGACCUGGGACAACUUCCUGGAGAAGUUCAUGGCUGGGGAAGUGUCCUACGGGUCCUGGUAUCAGCACGUGCAGGAGUGGUGGGAGCUGAGUCACACCCAUCCUGUUCUCUACCUCUUCUACGAGGACAUGAAAGAGAACCCCAAAAGGGAGAUUCAGAAGAUUCUGAAGUUUGUGGGGCGUUCCCUGCCGGAGGAGACAGUGGAUCUCAUCGUCAAGCACUCGUCUUUCUCGGAGAUGAAGAACAACGCCAUGGCUAACUACAGCACCCUACCCCUUGACGUCAUGGACCACAGCAUUUCGGCCUUCAUGAGGAAAGGCAUCUCGGGGGACUGGAAGACCACCUUCACUGUGGCCCAGAACGAGCGCUUUGACGCCGACUAUGCCAAGAAGAUGGCGGGCUGCGGGCUCAGCUUCCGCACAGAGCUGUGAGCGGGGCUCCCCAGGAGGCACGCCGAAGGCCCCGCUGCCGUGACACCCCCAGCCUCAAGAAUAAAGUUCCAUGUGUGUGA